GUUGCCAAAGUAUUCGCAAAUUGAACGGAACUACGAAACGAAAAAAACUUCUUAGAACUACGGCACAUUUAAAUUAAAAUCUUACAACAAUGUUUCUACUGACAGCAGCCAUUAUUUUGGCCACUCUCUUGGUGUUCAAGGGAGUAAAGAUAUUCAAUUAUCUGGAUCACAUGGCUGGGAUUAUGGAAAUGAUACCGGGUCCGACGCCAUAUCCCUUUGUAGGUAAUCUCUUUCAGUUUGGACUAAAGCCAGCUGAAUACCCCAAAAAGAUAUUGCAAUAUUGUCGAAAAUAUGACUUUCAAGGAUUCCGUUCGCUGGUGUUUCUGCAGUAUCACAUGAUACUCAGCGAUCCGGCUGAAAUUCAGAACAUGUUGUCGAGCUCUUCACUGCUAUACAAGGAGCACCUAUAUUCAUUUCUCCGCCCCUGGCUGGGCGAUGGAUUGCUCACCAGCUCCGGUGCCCGUUGGCUAAAGCACCAGAAGCUUUAUAUGCCCGCCUUUGAGAGGUCCGCCAUCGAAGGUUAUUUGCGAGUGGUUCAUCGAACUGGCGAGAGGUUUGUACAAAAGCUCACCCAGCAGGCGGAUACAUUGCAGCCCUUUGAUGCCCAGGAGUUGGUUGCCAAGUGUACCCUGGAUAUUGUGUGCGAGAAUGCAACGGGUAUGACCAGUAACUCGCUAAAUGAUGAGCCCUCAAAUUUACAUAGCGCCAUCAAAGACCUCUGUGAUGUCGUCCAGGAGCGUACAUUCAGCAUUGUGAAGCGAUUCGAUGCACUUUUCCGAUUGACUCCAUAUUAUAUGAAGCAGCGAAGAGCCCUGAAAUUACUCAGGAAUGAGGUGAAGAGGAUUAUUUCGCAACGCAGUCAACAACUAGCUAAGAUCAAGGAGAACCCGAGUGAUAAGGAGUUGACUAAUAAACCCUUCCUCGAUGUUUUGCUAGACGCUAAACUCGAUGGACGUGCUCUGAAAGAGCGAGAGAUUAUCGAAGAGUUAUCUACAUUUAUAUUUGCAGGUCAUGACACGGUAGCCUCUGCGAUCUCCUUCACCAUAUACACUCUUUCUCGCCAUCCACUUAUACAGCAGAAGGUGUUUGAGGAGCAAGUUCGUGUGUUUGGUAAGGAUUUCUCGAACGAAUCCGAUAUAGAACGCCUGCAGAAUAUGCACUACCUGGAACUGGUUAUCCGUGAGACUCUACGCUUGUUUCCAUCGGUGCCGCUGAUAGCGAGAACCAAUCGCAAAUCCAUUGACAUAAAUGGUACUAAGGUGGCAAAGCGCACAACAGUUAUCAUGUGUCUCAUGGCCAUGGGCUAUAACGAACGUUACUUUGAGGAUCCUUGUGUCUUCCGGCCAGAGCGCUUUGAGGGAGCUGACAAAAAUAGCGGAAUCGAAGCCUUUAAGAGUGUUCCGUUUAGCGCUGGACCCAGACAAUGCAUUGCUGAGAAGUACGCUAUGUAUGAAUUGAAAGCGAUUCUCUCGCUACUCGUACGCCAUUUUAAAAUUCUUCCACCUGUGGAUGACCUGCCCCCUGGCAUCAAUGAUCAUUCCCGCGACGAUUGUGUGCCACAAAGCGAAUACGAUCCGGUGUUUAAUAUUCGUGUAACGCUUAAAUCCGAGAAUGGCAUUCAAAUUAGGCUAAAACGACGAUAAUUGAAUGCAUGGAAAUGAGUUUCCCCGAUAUAAACAAAAUUUUUUGCCAUUUCUUUGUUAUUUAUUUGAAUUUGUGAAUAUUAAAGAAUAUAUUUCUAUGUAUAUGUAUUAAGUAAAUGAGAUCUAUAUCCAUACCGAUGACACA